GUGGGUUCCCAUUACCAUUACCAAUGUAGUAACCAACUAACCAUUGCAAACAAACUCUGUCUCUCUCUCUCUCUCUCUCUCUCUCUCUCUAUGUCUUUGUAUUUGCAGAUAAAGGCCUCGAUACAGACCCAACCUUGCCUGCACUGCACUUUAUUCAUUCCCCUUCAAAUUCGCUGCUUUACAUUGUACGAGGUUUUUCCAACCAAUUCUCUCUCUCUCUCUUUCUUUCUUUCAUGUGUUCUACAGACACUAUCUUCUUCAUUACUCAAAAAGUCUCAAACUUGACAACUUAAACUGAAAGAAAAGGGGAAAUAACCAACUGGGUUACCAUCAACACUGUUGGGUGAACUCCUAAGAUAUAUAUAUAUAUAGUAAUAGUCUCACUCACUCACUCAACAAAGGACCAUUUUUGUUAUGAACAACUUGUCUCAACAAUGAAAGAUGACAACUUGAAAAAAACCACCAAGCUUUCAUGGACAAAAACAUUGGUCAAAAAGUGGUUCAAUAUCAAAACCAAAUCUGAGGACUUUCAAGCAGAUCAUGUCAUUUCUCAAGUUGUUGAUGAAGACUAUAGGACCAACAACUACUCAGAGAUGGAGGCAUGUUCUAUCAAAAAAAGCAAAACAGAUAGAUUAAGCAGAAGAUACAUAGAUAGAAUGCAAAGAGGUAAGAGUUACCUUGAUGAAGCUCAGGUUACAGAUGUAUGUAAUUAUAGAAUCUUCGUUGCCACUUGGAAUGUGGCUGGGAAGUCACCUCCAAGUUAUUUAAGUCUUGAAGAAUGGCUUCACAUCUCUCCACCUGCUGAUAUCUAUGUUCUCGGGUUUCAAGAAAUUGUGCCUCUCAAUGCCGGAAAUGUUUUGGGAACGGAAGACAAUGGUCCUGCAAGAAAAUGGCUAGCCCUUAUAAGGAAGACACUGAACAACCUUCCAGGAACAAGCGGUGGAUACCACACUCCUUCUCCGGUUCCUGCUCCUGUUGUAGAGUUAGAUGCUGAUUUUGAGGGAUCGGUGAGGCAGAAGGCAACCUCGUUCUUCCAUCGGAGGUCCUUUCAAGCCAUGAGUCGUAGUAUGAGAAUGGAUAAUGACAUGUCAAUCCCACAAACUUGCCUUGAUCGCCGUCUCAGUGUCUGCGAUAGAAUGAUAUCUGGUCACAGGGCGAGUGACUAUGACACCAAUUGCCGGUGGGGUUCAUCAGACGAUGAAAAUGGAGCUGACGAAUCCCCAAUUACAACAGAUUAUUCGCCAAUUUCAUAUGGUGGCAGUUUCCCUACAGAGGACAGUGAAAGGCCGAGAGGAAAUUCGAGAUAUUGUUUGGUUGCUAGUAAGCAAAUGGUAGGUGUAUUUCUAACAGUUUGGGUGAAAAGUGAUAUCAGAGAUGAUGUUCGUAACAUGAAAGUGUCUUGUGUUGGAAGAGGGUUGAUGGGAUAUCUUGGAAACAAGGGUUCUAUAUCUAUUAGUAUGUCAUUGCGCCAAACAAGUUUUUGCUUCGUCUGUAGUCAUUUGACUUCCGGACAAAAGGAUGGUGACGAGCUAAGGAGAAAUUCCGACGUAAUGGAGAUUCUUAGAAAGACAAGGUUUCCUCAGGUCCAUGACACGAGUGAUGCGAAUUCUCCUCAGACAAUUCUCGAACAUGACCGAAUAAUUUGGAUGGGCGAUUUAAAUUACCGGAUAGCGCUGUCGUACUAUGGAGCAAAAGCUCUUGUUGAGAUGCAUGAUUGGAAGACUUUGUUAAAGAAUGAUCAGGCAUCUGUGUAUAGAGAAAUGGCAAGGUCGUGUCUUUACAGGAUGGAGUGAAGGGAAAAUAUAUUUCCCUCCCACAUAUAAGUAUUCAAACAACUCGGACAGUUAUGCAGGCGAUGACAGACGCUCGAAACAAAAGAGAAGAACUCCAGCUUGGUACUCUUCUUUCUUGAUGAAGUGGAAAAUGUCGUUAUUUUGUGUAUAUCUAAUCAAAUCAAAAUCUCUAUUCAUGAAGGUGUGAUCGUAUCUUGUGGUAUGGAAGUGGCCUACAGCAAGUAUCUUAUGUUCGUGGUGAGUCGAGAUUCUCCGACCAUAGGCCAGUUUGUAGCAUAUUCUUGGCAGAAGUUGAGUCUAUUAACAGUAACCAAAUUAUGAAAAGCUCUAACUGCUCCAGUUCCAGGAUUGAAGUAGAAGAGUUAUUGCCACAUUCACAUGGUUACGGCUACACUGAUUUCCAUUUCUAUUGAUGAAUACACGUAAAUGCCUGAGAUUAACUUUACUAACCGAGGGAACUUCAACCGAAACAUUAUAAAACUGUGCCACGAAAGGUAGGCAAUGCUACGGGGAAUGCUAGCCGCAAUGGUGAUCAAUACAUUUUGUUACCCUCCAAGAAGCUGCAGAGUUUAUGGAUUUGUUAACACCUUUUGAGUAUGAAUAUCUGCAGCUCACAAUCUUAUUGUUGACUUUUCAUAUUCUAAGACAAAGUGUUAACACCUAUAAGGGGGAAUCUUUGGGAAAAAGAGUAAUAAAUUCAUCUAAAAAUUUGUAGAUAACCAGUGUAUGAGUAUAUAUAAUCAGAACUCAGAAGGCAUGCAAUACAAUUACAUAGCAACUUAAUGGAUGCCAAAAACCAAUACUAUUCCUAUGAGUAUAAAUAAUAGUAUUGUAGAAGGUGAUGACAAGGAAUUAUAAGAUGGAGGAGAUGCUGAAGGAAGAGGAGUCAAAACUGGUAUGAUUCUUGAAGUUAUAGCGGGUGCUGCUGCUGACGAUGAUGGUGUCGAUGCCCCUGCCUCUGCCAAUUCCAGAUUCUUAUCUGUGUGUGUUUUCUACAGCCAAAGUUUUUGAAUUUGUUACAAAAACAUGUUAGAAUAACUUCUAAUUAAGAGUCUCAAAUACGUAAAUGCAUACUGUAAAAACUAAAAUAGUCUCAAAUAUCGAUCAACUUUCGGUAA